AUGGACUUUACUUCUGAUUCGAGACAGAGUACGUCUCUUGGUGGGUCUGCGUCCAGCCCUACAGGCGGCGACAAUGCCGAUGCCGACAUAGCAGUUGACAACGAGCAGCUGAGGUUGUUGAACCUACAAGAUGAAAAGGAAAGACUCAUAUCUCAGCGAAACUCACUUUUGGGUGAAGUCGAUCAUUACCAAGCGCAGCUGGAUAAACCACAGCAGAGGUCUAGCGCUUAUGACGACGAUAUUCUGUUACAAGACCUGCUGAGUUCAGCACAGCAAGUAAAAUCAAAUUCUCAUGUUAUUACGAUAGACGGCGAGUCCGAUACUCUCUUGGAACUUGGCAGUAAACAUGACACGCUGCCGUUGCUGAACAUGGAUACAAGGUUGCAGCUUUUGAAAGAAAAACUGUAUCAAAAUGUUACAGUACAGCUGGAAAAUGAUUUACUGCUGGCCACUUUUACUCUAAUGAAGCCCUUUUUCACAGUGCAACUGAGAUUGGAAUAUUCAAACGACGUCUUGGAUGAAUGCAGUGUCAUUGAGAUCUCGGACCUGGUGAAAUGGGAUUUAAAAGCACUGUUUGCUUUCAAGAAUCCUUCGAAAAUUCUGCUCUGUUGUUUCGAGUAUGAUAGAAUCCGUUUUAGAGUCUCUAGGGUCUGGGAUUAUGUAAUGACAGACUUAGAGAAUUUCAAUCUUAUCGAAAUGGUCAAGAAAAAACUCUGUCUUGAAUUAUCACGGAAGGACCUGUCGGUGUUGUUAACAUUGAGUCUUGAACUUCAAUUUGACUCGGUUGUCCCGCGCACUGACAUUGCUGCAAAAUUAUUUAAAGCGGGAAAAUAUGUGAAUAUUGAUGAUAUCAAAAACGGGCUCAUUAAAGAAUACGGCAUUAAUUUGGGGUUAUUGAAGUUGUGCAAAACUUGUCUAAAUUUAUAA